UUUCUUAAGAAUUAAGUCCUAAGAAUUUGCAUUAAGUUAAGCAUCUAAAUUAAUAAAUAAUAUAUUGAACCUUGUUAAGUUCUGUAUAGUGCUAAGAUAAUUUGAGUUUAAAACUGUUAACAUUUUGCAGAAUAGCAAAUGCUUUAUUCUUUUUCUAGAUUUUUUGGAAUAUAUAUAAACAGAAGGAUUUAUAAAUUAUAUAUACUAUUUGACACAGUGCAUAUUCUGUUAAACCUUUAAUAAAUUAAUAGUUAACCAUUUUUUCUUAUAUAAAUAAUACAAAUACCAUCUAACAGAUGAGGAGACUGGAACACAGAAAGAUUAAGAAACUUGCACAAAGUCACACAGCUAAGAGUGUUUGAAAUCAAAUUUGAGCUAGAUAGAUAAUCUGGCUCCACAGUUAGCCUAACCACUGUGCCAUCCUGAUUUUCUGUGUAGUUAGUGGUGAUGAAAAUUAGUGAAGAAUAAAGAGAACGGAGACCUGGGUCCAGAACCUAGGUCAAGAACCAGCAUCCCACUCACCCUCCUACCUCUACCCAGGACUGACCACUGUUCUGAUGUGUGAUGACUUCUGUUUUAGUCACAGUUCUCUAAACAGAUGGGGAUUUAUUAGACUGGUUUACAGGCUGUGGUCCAAUUAGUCCAGCAGUGGUUGUCUCUUAAAGGAAAUCCAAGAAUCCAGUAAGUAUUCAAUCCAUGAGUCUAGAUGUCUCAGCUGCUCUUCAGUCUAUAUUGGAAUGCUAAAGAAGUGGCCUCUAAUACCAGUGAAGAAUGCCUCAGGACAGGGAUAAUGAACUAUUAGUGAGAGUGAGGGCAAGCAGGCAAAAGCAAAAGCUUCCUUCUCUCGCGCCCUUUUAUGUGGACUGCCACUAAGUGUGACCUGUAUUUAUGGUGAGUCUUCCUAUUUCAACUGACCCAGAUUUAGGGUGAAGGAUCCAAUCAAGUGAAUCCCCAUAGACAUACCGAGCUGUUUGGGUCUUAGUUAUUACAGAUGUAGUCAAGUUGACAACCAAGAUUUACCAUCACAAGUAUGCCAUCCUUUGUCAACUUGACGCAUAAUCACAUCUCCAAAUGAAAACAAUAAGAAGGUCAUAAUUCCACCUAAUAUGAUAUAACUACCCUAUGUACAAUUGUAAAUGUAUAUAGGUGGCAAUAACCCUUGAGGAAUGGUUAGUCUUUUAGUGUCUUAUAACUUAAAUGCAGUAACUGUUAAUUAUCUCAGUUGAUAUUAUAUGAUAAAGAAACAGGAACACAAACAUCACUUAAUGUAAAUAUAUAUAUGCACAAACUCAUUCCUUUGUUUUUGUGUUUUUACAUCCCUACACAAACUCAUUCUUAACAUAAUAGGACAGAAACAUUCAUAUCAGUUGCAAUUUAUUUUUCUUUUGCAUUGGCUUUAGAUGGUAUUUAUUUAUAACUACCUUCCUCUACUACCCAUUCUGUAUUUCUUCUGUCCCCAGCAAGUACCUCAGAAGGUCUUGGUUAUUUUCCUGGAGGAGUGAUCCCUACUUUCCUGAGGUCUAGACCCUUUGUCAUCCUGCCUGAAAUAUGCUGUUUUAGUUUCACAUUGACUUUAACCACAGACCAUGGUAGCACCAAGAGACACCCUAAAGGAUCUCCUAUACUCCAGACACACUCUUCCUUAUCUCCAUUGUGGAGAAACAAUCCAGUUUCUCCCUGAUAAUCUGGGAUUGAGGGGACCAGAAACUCAAAGUGGCCAGGGAGAAAUCUGAGCUUCCAGUUCAAUGGAAUGUUUAUUGUAUCUCCUAGCAGGAGUGCUACUCCAUCUGGAUCCAAAAAUUCUAGGCCAGCAGAAUUUAAGGGCAUGGGAACAGGAAGUAAAAAUUUUUCGAAUGGGUCACUGGGGUGGAUAGAGAGGGAACUAUUCCCAUUUCCAUCCCCUUCAUUCCUGGACCCGUGGAUCCUGGCUGUGGGAGAAACUAUACCAUAUGUUGGACGAUGGAUUCAAAGCAUAUAAUCUUCUGGAAAACCCUGUCCUAGCCAUCCAGGCUGCUGCCACCUAAUUGGCACUAUAACUGUACCUUCAAAAGGCUGUCCCGCCAGUCUAUCAGGCCAGCUGCUUCAGGAUGAUGGAAAACAUGAUUAAGACCAGUGGAGUCCAUGAGGGUAGGCCCACUGUUGCGCUUCUCUGGCUGUGAAGUGAGUUUCUUGGUUAUAAGCAAUGCUAUAUGGAUGCAUGAUGGUGAAGAAAGCAUUCUGUGAGUCUACAGAUGAUAACUUGGCACAGGCAUUCCAUGCAGGAAAGGCAAAUGCAUAAUCAGAAUAAGUUAUCUACUCCAGUAAGUGUCGGGUGUUCUGUGUUACAUGGGACAGUCAAAGAAGGAGAGUCACUCCAGAAUGUAAUUUUAGGCUCUCUGGCAGUGGGGAAGAACAGUUUCUGUGAACUGAACCUCGAACCUCCAAUGAGAAGCAUAUUUAUUGAUUGUAUGCAAAGGUUGUAUUUGAGGUACAACAAGUUCCUCAUAACAAAACCCCUUUUAUCUAUUCUAUCUGUUCUCUGAAGGAAAUCAUCACAGCCUGCAACCUUUAGUCCUUUUUGUUUAGUGUUUACAGUACCCAAGAAUUCAAGACACUCCAAGUGUGCCUAGAUAGUCUUGUGACCAAAGUCUUACAACAGAUGAAAACCUUCCUCAGAAAAAUAACUCUGUCUAGGUACCUUCAACAAAUGCUAACACAUUCUACUGUUACUCUAGAGAUGAACAACUAUUACAUUCUAAUGCUUGCCAUAGAUACAAUGACUCUACAAGUAAGGACAAAGUGGACAUGCCUUUUCAUGAGGAAAGUGAGCCAGUGUGAAGUUGACAACCAAGAUUAGCUAUCACCAUUCCCUUUCCCGGCUCAUCUUUACAGCGUUGCCAUCUAUCUGUGCUAAUGGAUUCUCCCAUGAAGCUUUUGUCGGAUUCUGAGUAACAAUUCAUCUAUUCUCAAAGAAGGUUAACUGGAUAACUGGAUGUGGCCAGAGUGAUCUGGGCAAGAGAGGGCUGCCAGCUCAUAUAUUGUUUGCUGAGACCACUAGAUAGACAUUCUCUCCAGAAUUACUCAGGGACAUGUAUUUUCGUGCUAAUUCCUGCUUGACUUCCCAUUUUUCUUUUCAUUAAAGCAGGUCAGCUUGGAAGGGAGAAGCUCUGUUACUUUAUUUCUUGCUUCAAAGCCUUUGAUUUACUGUGUGCUGUGUUGGUCUCUGCUCUAUCGACUGAUCAGCAGUCCUAAGAGCUGAGUCUGAGCCUACAGGUCCCUGUCCUCUCUCCUCACUGCCUCCAGGCCAAUUUGUUUGGGAUAAAUAGUGGGGUCUUAUGAACCUCAGAGGCUCCUCAUUCUUCCCUCUGUGCAGUUACCUCUAGCAGCUCAACAGAUUCUCUUACCAAGUUCUCAACUUCACAGAAAGAAAACUUAGGAGAGAGUAGGGAGGUUUAGCCUGUUACAUCUGUGAGUAGAACACUGUUUAAAGUUUGAGGAGAAAAGCCCUUAAGACUGCAUCGUCCUCCUCAGAGUGGUGAGCUUCAGAUGUGUCCUUUUAUUUAUGUUGUAGACAGGUGGUAUUCUACAGGGUAAUUUACAUUUAGUUAGCAUCUUACUCCUUGUCAGAUUACUUUAUCCUCUUUUUUACCUGAAAACUCAAAUCCAAAGAAACAAGCCAGUCAUUAAGGUAUUGUUAAAAUCCACAAUUUGAACUCAUAUGUGUAACUCAAGGGACAACAAUCUUCUCAUACUUCAUUAAAUUAAUUUGGUGUGGAGUUCUAAGCAAGCUUAUGAGAGGAAAGAAACUAUUGGAAGGAAUGCCAGAUGGGCGGGCAUCUUGGUUUCUUUUCUGGCUGCUCUAACAAAGCAACAUGGGGUGGGGGGGGGGAGACGUUGUUUCAGCUCACAGUUCUCAGUUACAGUCCACCAUGACAGAGAAGAGACAGUGGCAGAAAACUAAGACAGCUAGUCACAUUGCAUGCAUGGUGACGAAGCAGAGAGUAAUGAAUGCUGGUACUCAGCUUGCUAUUUCCUUCUUAUAAAGAAUUCCCAUCCAGGCAGUGAUCCCAUCCAAUCAGUGUGGGUCUUCCCACAUCAAUUAAUGAAAUCAAGAUAAUCCCCCAUGGGUGUGUCUUUAGCCAGCCCAACCUAACGAUCCUUCAUUGAGGCUUCCUUCCCAGAUGAAUCUAGAGUCUGUCAAGGUAACAAUAUCAACCCUAGCAAUUCCCCCUCUUGUCGAUUUGAUAACAAUUUGAAUCAAUUUUAAGCCAUAACCAUCUACCCCUUGACCCCACAGGCUCAUUACUAUAUUAUAAAAUGUAUUUAAUCCAACUUUAAAAGUUCCCAUUGUAUUUAACAAUUCCAAUACCUUAAAAGUCCAGUCUCUUUCAUUGUGAGUACUAAUUAAAAAAAAAGGUAUAUACUUCCAACAUAUAAGGGCACAGAGUAAACAGGGCAUAAAAUAAUCAUACCAAAGAAAGCCAUGUCUGAUUCUGAAGCUCUUAAUGUAAUGUUCUGGGCUCUGUGUGGCUUAGGUAUCUACCCCUCCUGCUUUGCUGCCUGUGGCGCGCGCGCACACACAUACACACACACUCACACACACACACACACACACUCUUCCUCCCUCCCUCUCUCCCCCCACCACAAGGCCAACUUUACUUCAUCUUCCACCUCACCUUGGCAGAUAUUCCAUAGACCUGGCAUCUCCAGUAUUCUGUGUACAUCCACCGUGACUGAGAGUUCAUUUUCACAGUUUCACACAAUAGUCUAUUGAAGUCCCUGCAGACUUCCUGGCCUCCGCUAAAAUCUGUAGCCCCUCACCCCCAUCUUGUAUCUUUCGUGACUUCAACACCCGUGUAUGGAAUAUGCUGCCAAGCUCUGCCCCAGCUCAAAGGAGCAUGAUCUGUACCAGCUGCUGUACUAGUCCUGGAGAAACAUUUGCUAGGAAGUUGUUUUUGAGGAACAAGAGCCACUUCAAACCAGAUUUUGUUCUUUUAAAUGACUUUGAGUAUUCAUGUGAAGGAACCUCUUUGGGUGCUUUUUGCUACUCCUAUAAUCCCAGGAUCCUCUGCCCAAGAGAAGGCCCAGAAGAGCCUUCUCACAUCAAUUAAUGCAAUUAAAGUAAUCCUCCACAGUUCAACUCAAUCUAGAUAAUCCUUCAUUGAGAUUCUCUUCCCAGGUGACUCUGGUUUCUGUCAGGCUGAAAAUGAACACAAAUCAUCAUAGCGUAUCAUCUGAUCUGUUUUCCCUAGCCAGUCUUUUCCGUGUAUUUUCUCUUAGUUCUACAUUCAUUUUUGAUCCAUCCAUCUCUCUUGGAUGAGUUAACCCCUUCUCUCUUAUUUAUCCAGUGGACCUGCCAUCAUCUUAGUUCUUCUGUUUUCUGUGGACUGGCACACUGUUCUUCACGUUUUGAUUUCUCUAAAGAAUUGUGGAAAUACUUUCAAAAUGUCUUAACUGCUCUUAACAGUUAUUCUACCUUUAUUUUCUUAUCCUCCUUUAUGUAGUUUCUAGUCACUCAGCACAGAAAUCAGUAUGCAUUUGAAUUAUUUACUGUUUUUCAGGGUGGGAGACAAGACUUGAAAUCAAAGAGUUAACUCCAGAGUCCAUUAUUGAAAAUUUGCCCCAUGGGGUCAUAAUGGAAAGGGAAGAUCUCUGGCAUUCAGCUUUAGGGGCUGUCUGGGAUCACUCUUGUUGGUUAGAGCGGCAAGAGGAAAAAUAUCUGGGCCAAGUGGCAGUGGCUCAAAAGGAAACCUUUAAUGAAAAGAGGGUAUGUGGAGGUAAUAAAACUGAGAAAUGUUCCGCUGAAGGUUCACUGCUUGAUACGCAAAGCAUUCCUUUGACAAAAAGACCCUAUAAUUGGAAUUCAUGUGGAAAAGAUUCAAAACAAAAUUCCGAGUUAAUGAAAACUUCAAGAAUGUUUGUAGGAAAGAAAAUAUAUGAAUGUGAUGAGUGCAGGAAAACCUUCAGCCAGAGUUCAUCCCUGCUCAAACACCAGAGAAUUCACACUGGGGAGAAACCUUAUAAAUGCAAUGUGUGUGACAAGCACUUCAUCGAACGCUCCUCUCUCACCGUACAUCAAAGGACUCACACGGGAGAAAAACCCUACAAAUGUAAUGAGUGUGGGAAAGCCUUCAGUCAGAGUAUGAACCUUACUGUUCAUCAAAGAACUCAUACUGGAGAGAAACCUUAUCAGUGCAAAGAGUGUGGAAAAGCCUUUCGUAAGAAUUCAUCCCUGAUUCAACAUGAAAGGAUUCACACUGGAGAGAAGCCCUACAAAUGUAACGACUGUGGGAAAGCUUUUACACAAAGCAUGAAUCUCACAGUGCACCAGAGAACUCACACCGGAGAAAAACCCUAUGAGUGUAAGGAAUGUGGGAAAGCCUUCAGUCAAAGCAUGCAUCUUAUUGUUCAUCAGAGAAGUCACACCGGAGAGAAACCCUACGAGUGCAGUGAAUGUGGGAAAGCCUUCAGUAAAAGCUCAACUCUCACUCUCCAUCAGCGAAACCACACUGGAGAGAAACCCUACAAAUGUAACAAAUGUGGUAAAUCAUUUAGUCAAAGCACAUAUCUUAUAGAACACCAGAGACUUCACUCUGGAGUGAAGCCUUUUGAAUGUAACCAGUGUGGAAAAGCUUUUAGUAAGAAUUCUUCUCUUACCCAGCAUCGGAGAAUCCACACUGGUGAAAAACCUUAUGAGUGUAUGGUAUGCGGAAAGCAUUUCACUGGGAGAUCAUCUCUAACUGUACAUCAGGUUAUACACACUGGAGAGAAACCUUAUGAAUGCACUGAAUGUGGAAAGGCCUUCAGCCAAAGCGCCUACCUUAUUGAACAUCAAAGAAUUCAUACUGGUGAAAAGCCCUAUGAAUGUGACCAGUGUGGAAAAGCCUUCAUUAAGAAUUCAUCCCUUCUAGUGCACCAGCGGAUACAUACAGGAGAGAAACCCUAUCAGUGUAACGAAUGUGGGAAAGCCUUCAGUAGGAGUACAAACCUUACAAGACAUCAGAGGACUCAUACAUGAGAGAACUUUUCACUGGCACCUUCAUCUUGAUUAAUUCUUUAAUAAUAAUCAGAUGUCAUACUAAUGUAGAUAUUUAAUAGCCAUAACUAAUGUGGGGACCUUGUAGUUGAAGUACAGCAUCAUACCAGAUAGUAAAACCAUAGCAGAGUAACUAUAUGAAAGUGGAGAACACUUUGGUUCAGAUGGUAAAAUUUUAUAUCAGGUUUAAGUAGCUAAUACAUAAAUGAUGACUUAUGGGGAAGAUAAGCUCUAUUGUGUCAUGCUGUGAAUUCUGAUUUGGGUAUCACAGAGUUUUCACAAUGCAUGAAAAAAAGUGAUAGUGCCCCAAAAUCUGGUAUGUAGUUCUAACAUCCCCACCCCCACCCCCAGUGUUAACUUGAACAAGUCACCCACUUUCCUCGGGUCACACUGUCAUGUGGUAAAUGAGAGAUUUGGGAUUUAGAAGACCUGUGGAAUCUGUUUUAGAUAAAAUGUUCAAAACAAGACGCAGGGAAUUUUUUGGUCUUUUGCUGUUGUUAUCUGUGCUGUGAAAAUGCUUUUAUUUCAUAUUGUGGUUUUCUUGAAUGUUUUAGGUUAAAAUCCUCUACCUCUUAAUUCUUAUUGUCUUUCAGGUCCUCCCUUUUCCCUGAGUUACUUUAUCUCCUAAAAUAUAGGCUAGUUGCUACUGGGUGGCGAUAAAUUGUGCAUAUUUUAAUGCCAUAGCAUGUUGUUUUGAAUUCUCAACUAAUAGUCAUUAAACUGUUGUUAAAUAAGCUGAUUAUAAGUGACAAUGUGACUUAAAUACAGUCUUUAAAUACUUAA